UAAUUAAUUAGGAGUAGGCACAUUAUUUUUCCCAUUUUUGUUUCCCUUUCUCCAAGCAAUCCUUAAACCCCAAUAGUUGUCUAAAACCCUAAACCCCAAACAGAGAAAAUUAGCUUUGAAAUAAUUCAGUUAAAAAGAUGGAUGACACUGCUGCAGUUGAAGAGAGAAUUGUGACAGAAAGAAUAAGGCAGAAACUCAACGAAGUGAAUACAGCCGCCCAAACACAACUCUCCGGCGUUCAAGAUCAUGUCCAUUUCACCCUUCAGCAAGCCUACUUCAGAUGUGCGUAUGAGUGCUUUGAUAGAAGGAAAAAACAAGAGGAGAUAGACAACUGUGUGGAGUAUUGCAGUGUUCCUGUUCUUAAAGCUCAGAAUUUUAUUGAGAGUGAAAUGGCCAAUUUUCAGGAAAAGAUGAACAGGUCUCUAAUGGUCUGCCAGGACAAGUUUGAGACCGUUAAACUCCAGAAGAACAAAAGUGAUGCCAUAAAGGAUAUGGAAUCAUGCGUAGACGAGUCAGUUCAAGACAGCAUCAAGACAUUACCACAUCUGGUUGGUAAAUUCAAAGUUUCCCUUGGAAUUACUGAUUAGAGAAAUUUAGCUCGCCAUUUAGGCCCUUUUGUACUUGUCAUAUGUAGUUGGUUUUAGCUAAAUAGACGCCAAAUCCAAAAAAUGCGAUUUAAUGAAAAUCCAUUCAAACCAUAAAUUUCAACCUUAUAUCUUGCUUCUGAAAGUGUUAUAUUUGUACAGGUCAAAAAGCUUAUGUUCAAUUAAGAUAUCCAGUUAUUUCCUUCUA